AAAAAAAUAGAUACUGACAGUAUUAUAAAGGUAGCUGACAAUCGAUACAAUAGAGUUUUCGUAAUCCGUUAAUCAUGUUUUCUAUAAAAUUCUGUUUCCUAUUUCUCAGCGUUUUAGCUAGUUUGGCCGUAGGCUAUGUCAUAGAAGAAACAUCAGCCAAUAGACCUUGGUCCCACGUUUUGGAUAGCAAUAACAAGACUUAUUACGUCUACCUUACACCGUCAUACAGUUACAAAGCUGCCAAGGCCACAUGCGAAAAAUAUGAUCUACGAGUAUUAACAAUCGAAAGCGAGGAAGAGAGUAAACGAGUCACGGAUUUAUUAUUGUCCGAGGUUGGUUAUUUGUACAAGACAUUUUGGACAUCAGGAACGAGGCUACAAGACGACAAAUUACUCGACUACUGGAUCUGGGACACCACGCAAGAAAAAAUUAAAUUCUUCGAUUGGGGCACUGGAGAACCGACAGGCGAAAAUGAGAAUUGCAUCCAAAUUAUCCUCAACGAAUUCUCAAAGGGUUCCUGGAAUAGUUAUUUCUGCAAAAAUUCCGACCUGACUGCUUACGUCGUUUGUGAGACUUACUAAAUAUAGCAGACAUAAUGUAUUUUGUUAUUCAAUAAAUACAAUAUUUAGUCUUUAA